ACUACCCUCAAUUUUCGCACUGUUUCGGGCUCGCUGCGUCGCCGCCGCCGCCGCCUCGUCUCGCUCGCCGGAGCCGCUUCCGCCGCCGCCUACACCUCAUCCCCGGGGAAGACGAUCGCUGUCUCAUCGCCUCAGGUCCCUUCGAGGGUAGCAUGCAUGCAAUCUUGUAACCAUGAGUUUGGCGGCUGAGUCUCCCCUGCAAUCAUCAAGCAGCAGUGAUGAUUUUGCAGCAUUUCUUGAUGCUGAGUUAGAUGCAGAUUCAUCCAAUAGUUCACCUAAUGGUGAAUCCAAUGAUGAUGAGGAAAUUGAUUUGAAAGAGGAGAGAAUAAAAAGGCGCAAAGUGGAGAUGUCAGAGACUAUAGAAGUGAUUGAGAGUUCAAAAACAGCUGAUGUUAAUAAAGAAAAGUCAGUUUUGUCCUCAGAAUCUACAAAACCAAAUCUAUGUCCUCAUCCAGGGUUUAUCAAAGGGUUGUGCUUGAUGUGUGGACAGAUAGAGGAGGAUGAUGGCUCAGGGGUUGCAUUAAGUUACAUUCACAAGGAUUUAAAGCUAGGUAGUCAUGAAAUGAACAGAUUACGUGGAGCUGACUUAAGGAAUUUAUUACGUGAGAAAAAACUGAUUUUGGUAUUAGAUUUGGAUCAUACUCUACUUAACUCAACCAGGCUUGCAGAUGUCACCGCUGAUGAAGAUCAUCUUUUAAAACAGGCGGAUCUCUUGCAAGAUGAUCCAAACAGAAGCUUGUUCAAAUUGGGCUCUAUGCACAUGUUAACAAAGCUGAGGCCCUUUGUUCGGACUUUUCUGAAAGAAGCCAGUCCAAUGUUUGAAAUGUAUGUGUAUACCAUGGCAGAACGCUGUUAUGCACUAGAAAUGGCAAGGCUUCUCGACCCUUCAAACAUCUACUUCAAUUCAAAGGUAAUUUCACAAUCUGAUUGCACACAAAGGCAUCAAAAAGGACUUGAUGUGGUGCUUGGAGCUGAAAGUGUCGUUGUGAUUCUUGAUGAUACAGAACUUGUGUGGCAAAAACACAAGGAUAACCUAAUUGUGAUGGAAAGAUAUCACUAUUUUGCUUCAAGUUGUCAUCAGUUUGGAUUCAACAUGAAAUCCUUAUCUCAGUGUAAGAAAGACGAGAGCGAUACAGAGGGUGCUCUUGCAAAUGUACUAAAUGAUCUCAAGCAUGUUCACCACAUAUUCUUUGAUCCAGCUCUAGAUACUGACCUUUCAUCCAGAGAUGUUAGAGAGAUGCUCAAGAAAGUACGGCAGGAUGUUUUGCAUGGUUGUAAGAUAGCAUUCAGCCGUGUAUUUCCAUCGACAGUACGAGCUGCAGAUCAACAUAUUUGGAGGAUAGCAGAGCAAUUAGGGGCACUCUGCACAACCGAUGUCGAUUCAUCUGUAACACAUGUAGUCUCAACAGAUACUGGAACUGCGAAAGCUCGAUGGGCUGUGCAAAAUGAGAAGUUCCUUGUGAAUCCUCGCUGGGUUGAAGCAGCCAAUUAUUUUUGGUGUCGACAAAAGGAGGAUGAUUAUGUUGUUUGAAUAUUUUUUUUUCCUAGAAUGAUUAAUUCUGAUGUCAAAUCUGUAGGUGUUUGUUUUUUAGCCACAUAUACUUCCUAGAAGUUUUGUCUUUCUGUAUAUAUAUUCAGCAAAAAAUUGAGAUUUUCCUUUA